GUUAAUCAAAUGGCGAAGACAAGUAAUAUGUGGAAUGCUGUUGCGGCAGCUUUGGCGCUGACGUGGGUUGCUAUCGCAGUCGCGCAAUAUGACGAGGACUUCACGGUCUACCGGGAUCAAACAGGGGCCUUCCCGAACUUUCCCUUUCGUAAUUGUGAAACCACAAACGGGGCAUACCAACUGGCACCUGUGUGGCAACAUGUGGGCAGCAACAAGUACUGCUUUAGAAUCCAGGUUCGGGACCCUAGCUCCUGCACGGGAGCCUGCUGCAACACCGACAUGUACAAGAUAGAGUUCAACGUGUCCAGCAGCUGCCUGGUGGCCGGGGCUUCAGUCGUUGCCACCGUGAACGGAGCACCCACUCGGGUUGGUGCGUCCUUCGACAAGCCCCCGACCGGCCCACCUGGCUCCGCCAUUCUGCGGCUCACCCAGCUGGGGCUUGACACCACGACCGCCCAGAAUGCGGAGGUGUGCAUCACCCUCAGGACCAACCGCGGAGGCCAGGGCUGCACCACCCUGGAGCAACUGUGCUCGUCACCGGGCUUUUCUGCAGGCACCUGUACGGCAGCGAUGUAUGACACGGCAUGUGAUUGCUGCCCCACCUCUAGAGCCUCGAAGUAUUACCCACCACCUCCACCGCCUCCACCAUCUCCAUCGCCUCCACCAUCUCCACCGCCUCCACCAUCUCCACCGCCUCCACCACCUCCACCGCCUCCACCAUCUCCACCGCCUCCACCACCUCCACCGCCUCCACCUUCUCCACCGCCUCCACCAUCUCCACCGCCUCCAUCUCCACCACUGCCGCCGCCGUCAAUCCCCUCUCCUCCUUUCGCAUUCGGAUUCCGGCCAUUUUGCGAUGUCUGCAUCAAGGCACAGCUGCUGGCUCCUUUCCCCGAUGUCCGACCCUUCCGCUACAGCAGCACAAUGUGCUCUGCAAUCCAGCAGAAGAUCGCUGACAGCAUCAACGCCUUGGAGCAAGAUCCAAACCUUGGCUUCGUCUAUAGGAUUCCAUUUGCACCGAAUGACACUCGCUGCACAGAAACCCAGGCUGUUGUGUGUGGCUCCCUUUAUCAGCCAGUUAAUGACACAGACGCUUUCAAAGAGAAGCUCUCUCGCUCCGUGAGCGACCAGGUGCUGUUCUGGCUCGACGCGGCUACGGGGGCCGCCAGCAUUUGCAGCCCGGAACUUGACGGGUACCAAGUGACCAUUGAGAUCACCGGUGAUGAUUCAAAUGGGGGCAGCUGCGUGCAAGACAGCAGGUCCAUCGCCUGCACUUUGCCACCAGUCCCAUAUCCCAACUGCACGUGUGACAUGCGGCAGGGCGUUAUGCCAUUUGUGGUGGGUACGCGCUACUUCGCGCAGCCCAGCUUUAAAGCUGAUUUCGGCACCACCGAGUACUGCUUCCCUAUGAGCAUUUUCCCACUGAGCCAGCUUGUACCGAGCACCUGUAAGGGUGUUGACAUCCUCAAGAAGAUUGAGUGGUAUGCGAAUGAGGUUCUCAGAUCGUAUGUCAAGGGUUUCACCCUCUACCCUAGGGUUGGUAGUCCACGGUCGAUCGCGUCCAGCUGGGGUGCUGCCGGGAGCUAUACGCUCAAAGCUACCAACAUUAACUGGAAUACCACGCAAGCCGAUGGCGCCAAGAUUUGUGUGGUUGUAAAGAAUCCGGUGACCAUGGCAGAGCUCUGUCUAGGCGCGUUUGGAAGCCAAUGUUUCGCCACGCCAUUUAAUGACGACAAGGACUGCUGCCCCAUGUUCCGUACGGCGCCGCUGGGAGGCCCAUAAACCGACAUACAUAAAUACAGAUCGACGCUCACCACCAUCGUUCGCUCCCUGCAGUUACGAAGACGGCAGAGGCAGAUAUCCCAUUGAUAUCAGCAGGUGCUGGCUUAUAAGCAUCUUCUGAUUCUUUGGAAGAAUCGUCCUAUACAGCCCUUAACAUUAACCGCAGCGGUUGAGAUGGGCUACACCAAGGGUGGAAUCAGUCAGUAUCUGUGCACUAAUACGUGCUUGGGUUUAAAGUCAGCAUGCCGCAUGCCGCAUUCGCAUCAUGCAUCGUUACGUUAUUGCUUGUCUGCAUGGGCCCGUAAUACUGUCCGUCCGUCCUACUUUAUUUACUUCUGGCUGGGACCGUCGACGUCAAGCCAAACACUCACAUGAUUGCUCGGUCACACUACCUGCUGCGCAAAUGAAAUUCAUGAAAGUGUUCAUUGGAUAGAUCUACACCUCGCUGUGUACCCCCGGCGUUCUGGGCAGCGCUCUGCUUUACGUUCAUUAGGUCACCACUGGGACAGCGGGGUGUGUGUGUGUGUGUGCGUGCGCGCGUGUGUGUGUGUGUGUGUGUGUGUGUGUAUAUGUGUGUAUAUGUGUGUGGUAGGGUAGGGUAGGGUAGGGUAGCUGCGAGCAUCAAUUAUGGAUGGCUGAUCAUCGGCGCGUUUAGCCCGAAAGGGCUAGGCGGUAAGCUAAGGCUCAGAUAGGGUUUCCAUUAUUAUCCUUCCGCACAAGCAAAGAAGCUGCGCUCGCUUAGAGUUAGGUUUGCAGUUUGAACAGUUGUUUGGGCUGCCCAUUGCCCCAUUGAGCAUUGUUCAGGUCAGAUGCAGAUGCCAUGCUGCGUUUGUUGCUGACGGAAUUCAUCUUAGCUAGGCAGCUAGGUGUGGUUCUGACCUUUGGUUUUAUUACCUCGUCAAACUUAAUGGGCGGCGAGCUACAUUUACCAGCAGCCCUAAUGAGCUGUUGCGUAUGUAUGUAUGUAUGUAUGCAUGGCUGGGGCUCUGGGGACCUCCUGGAGUAUACGUGCGCGUCAGGCUUUAUUUUAAUUACCAUCGAUACAGUACGGAAAAAUGCUGCCUCGGGCUUUUUAUUAAAGACCUUUCUGCUAGCGUAUCCCCUAUGUGCCCAUGUGCCACGUCCGUACGUGCAUCGUACCAUUAAAGCAUUAUAAAGAAUGCAUGUGCAUGCAACAUAUACAGCAUUGAGCAGCAAGUAUACGCACGUAUUUGAGGAGGACGCCAGCAGUCGGCUGGUGUGACGGGAUUGCGUGUAAGCGUAAGCGUGUGUUACUGUCGUGCUUCCCUUCCUACGCAUAGUUAGAUGACCCAGGCUGAUAACGAAGACGACGCACGGUGGUGGACAGCCCCACGCGUGGGACGCUCCAAGUACUUAUACAUGCCUGAGGGUUAUAUUCUUGUGUUUGGGUCGGUGAUUGAUUUCUGUAGACCCUCACCAUUUUUCAAAACCACGGUCUUGCGGUGGCAGGAGGCAGGAGGACUGUUCAGAUGGCCUGUUCGGAUUAUAGUUGAUCCUACCUGCAGCUGAGCAGCGGUUUGAAUGGGGGCCCAUGCCCAGGCAUCCCUAUCUUGUUUCCGGUGGGGGCAUAUAGACGACCAUUUUCGUAUCUUUAUUAUAAAAGGCGAAUCCUUCAUCUGCAAAUUGGUUAUAAUUGCAUCAACUAGUCUUCUAGUUUGCAUUUACUUAUUGCUGGUUUACCUAUUUUGCUAUAGACAUGUCUAUCGAUUGAUGUUGGAAAAGCUUUUUACAGACGUAGUACGGCCACAACUACCUGCUGCCCGGCGAGUUGAGUGUUCAGGGCGAUUGGGGUAUGGUCUUCUAGCUUGCUUGCUGUCGUGAUACCAAUCAUGUAAACGUACAGCAGGUUUG